AUGUGGGUAUCAAGUAAUUGUUUAUAUUUUUGUUUUUCUUUAACCACACCAAACUACGAGACCAGAGGUUUUUGCAACACACCCACAAGAGGUAUAGUAUCCACCAUGUCAGCAGCUACUAGGAGACUGACUAGAAGUAAUAGGAAGACGGUCCACUAUGAUGAGUCAAGUGAUGUAGAACAGGACCAAGAUGCUUAUAUUCCCUCUGAACAGGAUAAAGAAAAUGCACCAAAUCACGUUACUAAAUCAUCCACCAAGAGAAAGAACUCAGUGACAACAACAACAACAACAACAACAAACACCACCACUUCAAAGAAACGGAGAACUAGUGUGACGAUCAACCAUUCUAGGUGUCUUCAUCAGCAGCAGCAACAGCAACCACAAUCUAAAAGAGGUCGAAAAGGUAAAGGAAAGAAGAGACAAGAAGAUUUGGAGGAUGAUUGGGAAGAAAAUUACUUGUAUCAAGCAUUAUCAAGUCCCGAGAUUAAUGUUGUUGAUCUAGCCCAAGAAUGGGUUGAAACCUACGAAGAAGAAUCAAUACUGAACACCACCGACUCAACUACCAUUACUCUUCUAAUGAAUUUAAUUUUAAGAAGUUGUGGUUCAUUUCAUCUUUUCCAACCCCAUGAUUUAGCAAAUUUGGAAAGUGCUACUAGUACAGUUGAAGAACUCACAUUGGCAUUUGGUAAUCAAUCAACUCAUAAAUUCCCUUUUAAACUUGUACCUGUUUUCAAAAAGAAUGUUUUGCAAUUUUUCCAACAUAUUAUUGAAAUAUGUCAUGAAAAGGGGUUAUUGUACCCACCAUAUACACAACACAGUGAAGAAGAAGAAGACUCUCUGAAACAGUCUCCAUUGAUGUCGUAUUUAAUCACUUGGAUGACUAGUCUUACUGGAUCCGCAAUUAGAGCCUUACGUUUUACAAGUACAGAAAUAUCCAUGAUUAUUCAACUAGAAUUGAGCAAAAUUGGGAAAUCAAUCACAACUAAUCUUUCCAGAUUAAGAAAACAUUUAACGAAAUUGGCAGAUGAGAGAUCAACAAAAUUCAAGACAAUUACAUCAACCAUUGCCAAUUAUGAAUCUCAAUUGGAUACCUUGAAUGAAUAUUUUGAUGAUUUAGCAUCCGUAGUGGUUUCACAAAGAUACAAAGAUUUUGAUCCUCAAAUAAGAUUAAUUGUGGUCAAAUAUCUAAUUGAUACAGUGAUUGCUUAUCCAUCAUAUUUUUGUCAAUCCCAAUUUUUAAAAUAUUUCGGUUGGUUAUUAUCUGAUCCUGUGAAUCAAGUACGCAAUGAAAUUACUCGUGAUUUAUUGAAAUUAUACAGAUUGAAUAAAAAUCAAGAAAUCGUUUCUGGGUUAACUCAAUUUUCCACUAAAUUCAAAUCCCAAUUUAUCGCCAUGUGUGAAGUUGAUGUUGAUGCAAAUGUUCGUGGUAAUUGUUGUGGUAUCCUAACUGAAAUGAUCAAAAUGGGGUUCCUUGAUGGUAAAGAUAAACAUUCAGUGAUUAGAGCAUUUCCAUUUGGUGCUACAACAAAAUUGAAAUUACAAACCGAAUUUGUUAAAUUUAUUCAAAUGGCUAUGGAAGAGAAUGUUAAUUUUGUUUUAGAAAAGAAUCAAUUGAUUUUUGAAAACGAUAGAUACAUUUUACGCGAUCAUGAUGUAAAGGAUAUCUUACUGAUUAAAGUUUUGGCACAGGAAUUGAGCUUUCUUGUGGAAAAAGAAGAACCCUUAGAAGUUAUCUUUGAGUCAGCAGCAAUGAGUCAACUUUAUUUUACUAAAUUAAGAUUAUUUCUUGAUUAUUUAUUAACAGAUAUUGCUGAAUUGAGAAAGGACAAAGGGGUAAAUGAUGAUGAAGAGGAAAUAGAAAUAGAAGGUCAAGAUCCAGAUUUAGAUCAAAUAAAGCAGUUGGUUCAACUUGAUGAUUUGGAGAAGCUUACUUUACUCAAAGCCAUCCACGGUAUAAUCAAAGCUGUCAUGAUGAAAAAAACUAAUAAACAAGGUGGAGUUUCCCGAGAAGAAGAAGAAGAAGUCAAAUCCACAAUUAUUACUCAAUUCAUUGACUAUAUCCCCAAAUUACAAAUUUUUUGUUCAAAAUCAAAUAAUCGAUACAAAAUCUUUAUAUCUGCUUGGCAAGAUUUAAUUGAUGAUAAACAUAAUUGUAUAUUCAACUAUUAUAUUAAAUUGGACAAGAUUGAUAGCUAUGAAUCAACAAUUGUAUCAAUAUUACAGUAUUUUUAUGAAUUUAGUUUAGUUGAUGAAUUUCAACCCUUUUUUGAAAAGUUGUUUAAUCUGAGAGGAUUAACUGAAUCGAUAAAGCUCGAAAUACAAAGGAUUGUUGAUGAAUUAGUGGAGAAUACCACCAUAUACUUACGAGAUAAUCAACAAGAAGAGGAAGAACAACAAGAAGAUAUUCAAAAUGAUUCAUUGAUUGAUAUGGAUCAUGAUUUCGUGUUGUGGACAAAUCGUCAAAAACAUGUUAUCAAACUAUGUCGUGAAGUUUCCAUUCUUGUGCAAAAGAUUAAAUUAAUUGGCAAUUAUGUCAAUAUAGCCAAUUUAGAAAAAAUUGAUGAUUUAAUUUAUCAAUUUAAUAAUCGAAUUUUGAAUAAAUUUGAUUUGAAUGUGGUGUUGAAUCAAUGGAAACAUAAUUUCAUUUUACAAUUGCCUAAAUUCACACAAGCAUUUAUUGCCAUUAUUGAAUUAGUGUUCAUUAUUGGUGGAUGGAAAUUUGAAAAAAUAAUUGAUAUACCACAACAAGAUCAACAUCAAAUUGAUAUUGAAUUGGAAUUGGAAAUGGUGGGAGAUGUUGUAAGUAACCUAAUUCGAUAUAUUGAUGAAUUGAAAGAGUUAAACGAGGGUGAUCAUACACCAGGGGAUUUAGGUAAAUUGAUUGAUUUUAAAUGUCAAUUAAUUUAUCAAUAUAUUAACUUAAUGAUUUCAUUCCGGUUAUUUUAUAUUAAAUUUCAAGAUGAUAAUGAUUUCAAACAUUUUAAAGUAUAUUUCCGACUGAACAAAUCAGUGAUUAUGAUUAAGCAAGAUUUGCAAAUGGAAUUGUUGGAGAUGUUUUUAAUUAAAGAAGUUAAGUUGGCCAAUGUGCUUGAGAUUGAAUUGGAUAGAGACGAUGAAGAAGGUGUACAUUAUGAGGAAUAUUUGGAGAAGGAGUUGCCGGUGGAAGAAGAGUCAACUGUGUUUUCUGAAAAUGAGGACGAGGACGAUGAUGAAAAGACACAACGUCAUGAAAAACAACAACGUCUCCUAAAAGCUAAGCAAGAACAAUUAAAACAAGAUGAGAUAUGGAAAUUGGAAAAGGACUUGGCUGUUUAUAGUUUAAAAUUGAUAUCAUUGGUUAAAUUGCAAUUGAUUUCUAAUAAUGUGUACCAAAGAUUGAAGAAGAACGCUGGUCAAUUAGGUGAGGUUUACUACAAAUUGAUUGAGCAAGAAAAAGUUGUUGAAAAUAGAUAUGAAGAUGGUGAAGCAGAUGUAAAUGCUAAUGAAUUGACUGAUUUGGGCAUUGAUGUCGGUGUUGAUACGACAAUACAAGGAGAGGUUGAAAAUGCAGAAGUCGUCAAUGAUAAUGAAAGUGGUGUUGCUGAUAUUUGUAAUGACGGUGAUAAAGAACAAGAUGUCUCAAUGGAUUUACAAUUGGAGUUAGAUGUGUAA